UAUCUGUUUAAUCGAGGAAACUAAAGAGAUCACUCCGCUGCUAACUGUAGCUAGCUGGCUAAUCUCCUGGACAACGCAGUUGCGGUUAUUUUAUUGUCCGUUUCAGUAUUCGUGUAUUUUCUCCCUUUGCAAUCCAAUGAUUUUGUAAUCCGUCGUCAGGGACGAGCGCAAUGAGGACGCCAACGGUUAGGUUUUAACACGCUAAAUGUUUUGCCACUGUUGCUUUCUCCCAGGAUGCUAGCAUUCAAUCAAGUCAGCUAGCUUACCAGUCAGCUAAAGUAGCCAAAUAGCAGCGCUGUACGGAUGCUUUGAACAGCAAGGCAGCGGAUUUUGGUGGCGUUUUUAGUCGGCCUUGCAUGAUGUCAAACAGCCGACCGCAGCAAAGCGCCGGUGGGGCAAGUUCAGUGCCCAGCACAAGUAGUAGCAGUAGCAGCAGCAGCGCAGGAGGCGGUGGGAGCAACGCCGUUACAAGUAAUGGGAACAAUUCUGGAAAUAUUGUGCCCUCCCGGACCCUGGCAACAGCCAACGAGGGAGGCUUGUCGGUGCCAACUUUGGCCACGGUGCCGUCGUCCCGGGGCGGUUUUGCUUCCCUGAGCAGACCCUCUGCGACCUCGGGUAGCAGAAAGAAAUCCCUCCAUCAAGCACCAUUAUACAACGGCCUCUUGAAUUCAUACGAAGAUAAAAGCAACGACUUUGUCUGUCCCAUUUGCUUCGAAAUGAUAGAGGAGGCACACAUGACAAAGUGUGGACACAGUUUUUGUUACAAAUGUAUUCGCCAGAGCUUGGAGGACAGCAAUAGAUGUCCCAAGUGUAACUAUAUUGUUGAUAAUGUGGAUCAGCUGUAUCCCAAUUUUCUUGUAAAUGAACUGAUUCUUAAACACAAACAAAGGUCGGAGGAGAAGAGACUGAAAUUAGAUCAUCCUAACGGGUCUCGGUGGCAGGUCUUUCAGGAUGUUUUGAGUCCUGAUCAGGAGAACUUGGAUCUAGCAAAUGUCAAUCUGAUGUUGGAGCUUCUGGUACAGAAGAAGAAGCAGCUGGAGGCGGAAUCCCAAGCAGCUCAGAGACAGAUCCUCAUGGAGUUCCUUAAAGACGCCAGGAGAAACAAGAGAGAGCAACUAGACCAACUACAGAAAGAGCUUAAUUUCCUUGAAGAAGACAUUAAGCGUGUUGAGGAAAUGAGUGGGCUUUACUCACCUAUGAUGGAAGCAGAGUGUACGGUGCCCAACGUUGAGGCUCCCUCUCCAGGACCCAGCUGUGGUAUGAUCAUUGAGCCUCCAGAUUACAGCCAACCUCCAGGAUUUGGUGGGGCAACCCAGGGAAAACGGCAGACCUGGUACAACAGCACUCUGGCCUCAAGAAGAAAGAGGCUUACCGCUCAUUUUGAAGAUCUGGAGCACUGCUACUUCUCCAACAAAAUGUCACGUAUCACAGAUGAAGGCCGUAACUUGAAUCAGCUGGACGAUUUUAUGGAGUGUUUGUCUAAGUUCACACGCUACAACACUGUGCGGCCGCUGGCCACCCUCUCCUACGCCAGUGACCUCUAUAAUGGCUCAAGUAUUGUCUCCAGUAUUGAAUUUGACCGCGACUGUGAUUAUUUUGCCAUUGCUGGUGUGACCAAAAAGAUCAAAGUGUUUGAAUACGGCACAGUGAUCCAGGAUGCAGUGGACAUCCACUAUCCUGUCAACGAAAUGACCUGUAAUUCCAAAAUCAGCUGUAUCAGCUGGAGCAGUUAUCACAAGAACCUUCUGGCCAGCAGCGAUUAUGAGGGUACUGUCAUUUUGUGGGAUGGAUUCACUGGCCAGCGUUCCAAAGUCUACCAGGAACAUGAAAAAAGAUGUUGGAGUGUCGACUUCAACCUGAUGGACCCCAAGCUCUUAGCUUCUGGUUCAGAUGAUGCUAAAGUGAAGUUGUGGUCAACCAAUCUGGACAACUCAGUGGCUAGCAUCGAAGCUAAAGCUAAUGUCUGCUGUGUUAAAUUCAGCCCAACCUCCAGGUAUCAUCUGGCCUUUGGCUGUGCAGACCACUGUGUCCACUACUAUGAUCUGCGCAACACUAAGCAGCCAAUCAUGGUGUUCAAAGGCCACAGGAAAGCCGUGUCCUAUGCCAAGUUUGUAAACGGAGAGGAAAUUGUUUCUGCAUCUACCGACAGUCAGCUGAAGUUGUGGAACGUCAACAAACCUCACUGCUUGAGAUCCUUCAAGGGUCACAUUAAUGAGAAGAACUUUGUUGGGCUGGCAUCUAACGGAGACUAUGUCGCCUGUGGCAGUGAGAACAAUUCGCUGUAUCUGUACUAUAAAGGACUUUCCAAGACACUGUUAACAUUCAAGUUUGACACAGUGAAGAGUGUCCUGGAUAAGGACAAGAAGGAAGAUGACACCAAUGAGUUUGUCAGUGCUGUCUGCUGGAGGGCCCUGCCUGAUGGAGAGUCAAAUGUUCUCAUUGCUGCAAACAGUCAAGGAACAAUCAAGGUACUUGAGCUUGUCUGAAGACCUGCCUGUCUUGAGCGGGUGUUUGAACCCCCGUCAGCCUCCCUGUGGUGGAACAUUCAGUCAGAUGCAGGGAGUUCCCAGGAUGCCUGCUGAGCACCAGGACAGCUGAAAUAAACUGAACCUGUCUUCAUUUUAUCGAGCUACAUGUUUUUGGUCAGCAGGACCGACUUUGGAUCAGUGCAUCGAGCGUUGCAGAUGUUCUGCUAUUUUAGUGCAUUGAGCUUGGGCACAAAAAGGAACAAGAGACCUUGGAUAAAGCAAUUGUGUUUCUUUUCAGUCGUAUUAUAUUGGCUACAAUAGAACACCUCUUUCUGGUUUUAGGUAAAAUCAAUGCUUAUACUUUUUUUUUAAGCUGUUUGUCUCAAUGGUACAUCCAGCCAAAUGCUACCUGUAUGAUGCAUUUUCUCUUUUAAAGGCCAAAGCACAAGACAAAAUCACAUGCAAACGUGAUGUCUUCACACAAAGCUUUUAAUACCCCCUUGUUUUUGUCAGCCUUCUGUUUUGUUUUGUCCCCCCUUCCCUUUAUGUGUAGUUUUUGUGUUUUUCAGAUUGGGAGAAAGCAGUUUUAAUAAAUAUGACUUGAAUUUCAUUCUGUCAAGCAUAAGUGAGUUUCUUUUCUGGCUUAAGACAGAAUGUGAAAUAGUGUCUUCUUAUGUUUCUGUUAAUCAGAACAAAAUGAGUCUAUGUUUGUAAUCACAGCAAUUAUUGUCUAACUCAAGGCCAGAGUGCCACGCAGAACUGGACUUUUUGUCAUUCUUGGGAUGUUUGUUGCAUUUUGCAAAAUGACAACCUCACAAAAUCGGUUUUAGUUCUUUUAAAGUAGCAACAGAAUUGCUCUACACAUACUGUAGGAUUAAACGUAUCAUCUGAACUGAGCGGCGUUGUACAUUGGGAAAAACUGCUGUCAGUUUGUUGGAGUGAUGCUCUGUACCGACACAUGGAGAGGAUUAAAGAGACUCCACCAAGACCUGCCUAUUUUAUGAUAACUGAUUGAGAGAGGUGUUUUGUAUUUGUAUAACUGAAUAAAUUAUUUCCAAACA